AUUUUUUUUUUUAUUAUUCAAUUUUUAGUCGCUCCCAGACUAUCUUUGGAAUGUCGAGUGUCCACAGAUAUCUUGGAACUUCAUAUCUUUCCGCUCCCUCUGAAGAACCAUUACAUCAAUGUGAUGAAUGUGUCCGGAGAUUCUUUUCCAGACACAAGCUUUCUCGGCACUUGAGAAAUGUCCAUGGAGACAGAGUCUUCUGUUCUUAUUGCUAUUAUUCUGUACCAAGAACCAGGAAGUAUCAACUGAAACGACAUGAAAAAACUGUUCAUCAGAGUAACAGUAAAUGUAAACCAACCAUUGAAAACAAGAAACCUGCAGCCAUAGAACACUUACCUGAAACAACGGUGAGACCAACAGUUGGACCGCCCUCUCCUAUGUACUCUGAUAUUUCUUCUGUCACCUCAUUACACCAGGAGGACCCAUUGGAUUUGUCCGAGUGGGAUUUUUUAGGAUUGUCUUUCCCUGAGUUAAUGUCUUUCCAGGAUCCCAAGACCUCUGUUCCUGAAAAGCUUACAUGUAACUCACUGGCCACUCCUGAUAGGGUGUCUACACCUGAUUGUGCGCCUGUAGAGUCCUCAUCUCCCAUUCCUGUGAAAGUUCAUGUCCCUGCAGUCACCGCUCAAGAAUUAAGAGCCCUUGGAACCUGUUCCUCUGGACCUGAGUAAACCUUCUGCUGCCAGGAACAGGACCUGCUCUGAGGAACCUGUAGGACCUAUCCCACCUGUUGAUUGUUCCUUUACUUCAUCAAAUCCUUUCUUUUACUUCCUCGGUGCCCGGAGUCAUUAUUUAGAUGGAGAAGCUCCCCAAUUCCUUGCCAAGAUUACAGUAAAUGCAUCUACACAGACGGACACUUCAUCUUGAGAAAGUCUAUUUCAUAUCGUAUGUGUUAUUGAACUGUUGAUUUUAGCCAUUUUUAGGUUGUUGAACCGUUGGUAAGUUGAUUUGUUACAUAAAUUGUUAAUGGUUGUUAAUGUUAUAAAAAUUA